AUGUUCAGACGCGCAGCUUUGCCUCUAAUGAGGCCGCGGCAGUGCCGGCCUUUGAUCCGAGAAGCAUCUGCGCAGACACAGUUGCGAUACUACAGACGAGACCAAGGUCUCAGAAGUGCAGACUACAAGAUUCCUAAUACAGCCAAAGAUGCACAACAUGAAUCACAGCCCCAGUCCACCGAUUCUCGAGAACCGCUACGAAAAGUCCCCUUUACUCAAGCCAAUCCAGCUCCGAAGGAUGAGCCAUCGUCCCAGUCGACGCCUUUUGGCGCCGAUCCGACUCGAGACCUCAAUGACAUCUCUGAAUCAGUCUCUCAGGCCAGUCGAAGGUCGGUGAGGGAAUACGCUGAUUCUCAACCUCCUGCGGAGGAAGCGAAGGCUACACCCGCAGAAUCGGCAGAUCAACCACAUCAGCCUUUACCCGACCUAACUCGAGGCAUCCCAUCUACGUUAGACGCGGAGCUGAGCCAAGCGAGAGCAAAGCACACGCCUCACGCAAACCCAUCGAGCCUGAAUAUCACCGAAGAACCCUCGGAGGAAGGACCGAGCGGCGGACGAGGAAGAGGUGGAGAUGACAUUCCUCGGACUGAGUAUGUGUCAACUAGUGACCGAAAAAAGAACAUGGUCUUCAGAUACAUGUAUAUUCUCAUGGGAGUUGGGAUUGCAGGCUACUCCGUCUAUCUGGGGCGCAAUUGGGAGUCUGAAGAGGAGGAGAAAGCCCACCCAGAUGCUCCAUCUGGUUGGGGGUUCAAACCCUUCUACAAUCGAGUGGGCGCUCGGUUGGGUUCCACCAUGAGCUAUUACCGGGACCCAGUGACGACCAAGCUGCUACCAGAUGAAGAUCCGGAUCCCAAUCUACGCUACCCAUUCACAUUGGUGAUCAGCCUGGAGGAUAUGCUCAUCCAUUCCGAGUGGACAAGAGAGAACGGCUGGCGGAUAGCGAAGCGACCUGGCGUGGAUUAUUUCCUGAGGUAUCUUGGGAGUUACUAUGAGAUCGUCUUGUUCACUAGUCAGCCUAUGGCUAUGGCGGAACAGGUACUACGGAAGCUUGAUCCUUACCAGACAAUCCGGUGGCCCUUAUUCCGUGAAGCGACGCUUUACAAGGACGGAGGAUAUAUCAAGGAUCUUGCCUACCUGAACCGAGAUCUGAAGAAGGUGUUGAUCAUCGACACGGACCCGCAUCACGUGAAACAUCAACCGGAGAACGCAAUUAUUCUGCCCAAGUGGACAGGGGAUCCCAAGGAUCAGACGUUGGUCCAGCUGAUUCCAUUCCUAGAGUACUUGGCGACAAUGGGAUUUGACGACGCGCGCGAGGUCCUGAAGUCGUUUGAAGGAACCUAUAUCCCGGCCGAAUUCGCUCGGCGCGAAAAGAUCCUGCGCCAGAAAUUUGAGGCUGAGGCAGGAGAGAAGCGGAAACACAAGAAGAGCAUUGGCAGUGUAGCACAAUGGCUGGGCCUGUCACAACCUCAUCCGGAUGCGCUCAGUGCCGAUGAUACGGGAGAAGGCAAGAUGCUCUGGGACCAAAUUCGUGAACGUGGACAGAGGCAAUACAUGGAGUUCGAAAAGAAAAUAAAGGAGGAGGGCGAGAAGUGGCUGGCCGAACGAGAGGCGGAAGAAAAGAGAUUGCAGGAGGAGGCCAUGAAGAACAUGAAGAUUGGAUUCUUCUCUGGAUGGUUCGGCGGCAGUGGAAGCGGAAGCACGGAGAGUGAGAAGAAAUGA